UCUGGGGCUCUGAGCACCUAUUACAAAUAUCGCUGGCGACUAGAGGGUUGAUCAUGUCUGCUGCAGGAGCAGCUGCGACCCGUGGCCUUAAACCCGCGGCUCCCUACUUCCCCCCGGCCGGGGAUGGCCCCGGCAGCCGGGUGAGCUUCCUAGGCCCCCGUCCCCCGGCUGCGGUGGAAGCCAUGGCUCGGGAGGUGCGGGGCUUGGACAAGGACUUAUUUCGGCAGCUGCUAAAGGUGGUGGUUAGCGCCCUGCAGGGAGAGGACUGCCGGGAGGCCACCCGGCGCCUGGUGGACUCGUCGCCACUGUCAGAGUCGCAGUUUGGAGUCCUGGUCGCUGGCAUGUAUGCGCUGCUCCGGGAGGCCCUUCGGCUGCCGGCGUCCGCCCUCAAGCCCGACGCCUUCAGGGAGGACCUCCAGCAGCUCCAGGUGCCCGACGAGUUUCUGGCGGAUUUUGCCACGGUGGUCUUCGGCAGCCGGCGCCCCGACCUGGAAGGCCUUGCUCGCGAGCAGGGCGCCCGCCUCCCCACGGUGGAAGACUUCAGGUGGAGGGUGGACGUGACCAUUUCCACUAGCUCACUGGCCCGCUCCUUGCAGCCAUCCAUCCUGAUGCAGCUAAAGCUCUCGGAUGGGAAGGCCCAUCGCUUUGAAGUGCCGGUAGCCAAGUUUCAAGAACUAAGGUACAACGUGGCCUUGAUCCUGAAAGAAAUGAAUGACCUAGAAAAGAGAUGCAGUCUUAAAAUCCAGGACUAAAGCUCGCCUGCUGGUGGAUUAAGUUCAGCAACUUCCCAAGAAGCCUGCUCUGUGAUAAUGAAGGAAUCUAGAAUCAUGAAACAUGCUGUCUCCCAAACACUGUGCCAUCAUUUCUCUUACUUUGUUGUAAAUAUUUUUCAAUUAAAAUACUGGUUUUGUAAGUUAGGAUUUUUUUCUUCCUCAAAAAAUCCUAAUGUAAAAGAUGACAGUUUAUGCCUGAAAUCACUUUUAUAUGAUUUGUGAGGAGACAAUUUUAAAUAACUAAUAAAGACAGAAGACUAUAGAAAAAACAAACAAACAAUAAGGCAUUGCAAUUCAGGUCUAUGAAAAGCAUGUGUCACAUUUGUUCUUUGUAAAUAGGUUCCUUAUCUAGUCUCAUUUAGAAAUAUGUUUAUAUCUUUAAAAUAAGAAUU